CGGACCACUACUCACGUUGAGGGUCAAGUAUUAUAAGGAUGAGCCGAUAGACCCGCCGACAUGUCAAGUUUCUCCAGAUCUGCUCAGCAAUGGGCAACCUUCGCCCGCUCCUGGUUCAUAAUCGAUGCCAAGAUGCAGCCUCCUGGCAAGAUCGCGACCAUGUGUUCUGUUCGAUUACAGGGGAAACACAAACCGAUCUACCAUGCACUCAGUGACUGUGGAGACCAUGUAAUAGUAAUAAACACCAAACACAUAGCGUUCUCUGGAAACAAAUGGGAGCAGAAAGUCUACUCGUCACACACAGGGUACCCAGGUGGAUUCAAACAACUCACAGCUGCCCAGUUGCAUCAAAAAGACCCACAAGCUAUUGUGAAGUUGGCAGUUUACGGGAUGCUGCCUAAGAAUCUACAGCGUCGCACCAUGAUGCAGCGACUACACAUCUAUUCUGAAGAUGAACUGCCAGAGGACAUCCGAGCCAACCUGACGGAGGAGCUGCCUCAGCCCAGAAAGAUCCCCAGGAAACUCAGCGAGUACACCGAGGAGGAGAUCGGCGCCUUCCCCAGGCUGUGGACACCACCUCAAGACUACAAGAUGAAAUGAAAUCAAAGUCGCCCGAUGUGAGCAGAGCUGAAGAUCUUCACAUUAACACCUCACUGGACACAACAAGUUUCCUCACAUUUAUUUAGAAAGGAUAAAUGACCAAAGCAGGAUUCUGAUAGUUAGAUCAGAACAUACAAACAAACUGAUUUUCUCUGUUCAGGUGAAUCAUUACACCCUUUUCUUGGUCUUCAGGCCUGAAUAAUCAGCCGGAGAUUUCCCCGGAUGGCUCUGAUCAGAGAAAGUCAGAUUCUGUGGGUUUUUCUGUGAUUUAUAGAACCAUGAAAUGGAUCCGAUCCUGCUUUUCGAAGGGUUGUGGCUUUAUAAGCAAACCCAAUUAAUGUGUUACCAUGACAACAUUCAGGUCGUCAGUGUGGGUUCAGUAGAAAAUGUGUUUUCGUUUUCAUCAUUGUGCUAUAGAUUUCCAGAUUGUUGUUGCAUAAAUAUUGGUUCUUCUUAUUUGCAUUGUAAAAUAGGCUAAUAAACAAUUUAAAUAACA